ACGUUCUCCAAGAACAACAAGAUGCUAAGCCACAUUGGCUACCGCAUGAAAGUAACCAUGCAAGACAGUAGGACCUUCAUUGGCAUCUUCAAAGCCUUUGACAAGCACAUGAAUGUCAUCCUUGCUGACUGUGAGGAGUUCCGUUGUGUGCGUGGUGGGCUUGGUACUCUUGCGCGGAGAGACUAUUGUCACCAUGACUCUGGAAGGACCCCCUCCCUCUGAGGAUGGCCCCCGUGUCAACCUGCCUGGCUCUGCCCCUGGCCCAGGUGUUGGCCGCCCAGCUGGACGAGGCAUGCCUGGUCCUGGAGGUGCAGGACUGCAAGGUCCUGUACGGGGUGUGGGAGGACCCUCACAACAGAUGAUGCAGCCAGCAGCACGUGCCGGUCCACAGCUCAACAUGCCUCCCAGAGGUCCCCCUGGUGGCAUGCCCCCUCACAUGAUGGGUGGUAUGCCCCCACACAUGGGCCGUGGUGGUCCCAUGGGACCCCCAAGUGGACCAAUGAUGAGAGGAGGUCCCCCUGCAGGCCGCCCAUACUAAACAUCCGGCACAAAGCCAGCCUUAGCCUCUUGCUUUCAUAUGAAAGUCACUACAGUGAGACCUCUUUUGUAAAAACAGAAAGUCUUUGUUUUGGUGAUUUAAGUUAUCUGGAUUACUGUAUUUUCU